AUGUUGCGUCUUUGUUUAGAAUCCUUUGACUUCUCUUACACACCAUCGCCACUGGCCCUUCUCUUUUACACUAAACUCGGCCUCAACGCUGAGGCUAUCGCCCGCGUCCUCCUGCCGGUGCCCUCGUGGCUGCUCGAGGCCGACUACGCACCCCUCCGGGCCGAGGGCGACGACCUGGGCCCCUCUCUCUUCUUUAGCCUAAACCUCUCUAUCUACGGCCAGCCAAUCGUCGACACGGACUGGUCCGAGCAAUGGUUCCUUAUGAGCGGCCGCGUUCACCCCUACGCCCUCGCCUGGGAGGUGGAGCGCCGCGACGGUCUUGAGGCCGGCCCAGACGAUACCGUCCUCUACACAGUGCCCGCCCUUAUCGUCCGCGACCAAGGCUACCAGCCCGUCCUCCCACGCUCCUUGGCCUCUGGCGGCCAGUUCCCGUCUACGCCUCCUGUUGUCUCCUUCCAUGGCGUCAUCGCCGGGCCUGGCCUUGACCUCCUGCGUGGAGACUUCCUGCCAGGUCUCGGGCCCGACCAGCUCCGCUGCUGCGGCUUCGUCCGGCUCACUACCUACAUCACCCCUGGCCUGCCGGACCGGAUUCCCUUUAAGGGCUACCACCCCUUCCAGGUCUUUGUUAUCUUUCCCAUCUAUGCUAACCCUUGGGCCGUGCUAUGCAAGAAAAUUGCUGAAAGGCCUAACUCUUCCUUCCUGCCCGGCGUCCCCUUUACCUGCACUGGAAAGGUCGUCGGCCUUCUCGACCACCGUCUUAUGCUCUGCCCCCCGGGCUCAGAGCGCGAUUACGUCUUUAUCGUCGUCCCGGACAGCUGGAACUUUGUCGACAGGCCCUCGGCGGCCGCCUCCGCCUCGGCUUCCCCUUGCUACGCCCUUAAACGUCAGACCCUAUCCGCCUCCUCUACCUUUGAUUCCGUCUGCGCCGCCUUGUACUCCGUUGCUGCGCCGGCCUCGGCUGCGUCGGCUCCCCUUCCUUGGCCUCGGCCCCGACCGCCCUCGACCCCGUCACACCACCGCCUAAGCGCUCCCACCCGGCCCUUGCCGAUACGCCCAUGA